GUGACCCGCCAAUCUUUGGUCUAGGCUGCUUGGGAAAAUCUAUUAUGGUGCUAGGCGGGAGGGGUGAAGCGUUUUAUUUUUCACAUGUGACUUAGGUACUAGUCGCGCGGCGUUCUCUGCACCGUCGUAUAUUCUAUAUAAAAAUCCAGACUCGUUAAACUAAAUCCCCUUUGUCCUCUUCCUGGAUUAUUUGUGGGUUAUUAGCAAAUGAAAUUCCGCCAUUCUCCCCUUUCGGUGAAAUGGUUUCUUUCUUCUCUACUGCUUCUGUGUGUCUGUGUAUGGGUGCUGCCGGGAUUUACAAUCUGGGGAGGAGCUGCACCUUCCUGUCACCUGUCACCGCUGUUUAUUUACAUCUGCCUGGGAGAAGCCGGGACAAUGAGUGGGUCGCAGAAUAAUGAUGGGAAAAGGCAGUAUCUGAUGGAGAGAUUGCUGGAUGCAGUAAAACAGUGCCAGAUACGAUUUGGAGGGCGCAAGGAAAUCGCUUCAGAUUCUGAUAGCAGAGUUAUUUGUCUGUGUGCACAGUUUGAAGCUGUGUUGCAGCAUGGCUUGAAAAGGAGCAGAGGAUUAGCACUAACAGCAGCAGCAAUCAAACAGGCAGCAGGAUUUGCAAGUAAAACAGAAACAGAUCCUGUAUUCUGGGUAUAUGUAAAAGAAGUUCUCAGUAAACAUGAACUUCAGCGGUUCUACUCUUUGAAAACCAUCACUACAGAUAUAGGGAGAGGCCGUGCCUGGCUUCGCUGUGCUCUAAAUGAACAUUCUUUGGAGCGAUAUGUACAUAUGCUGCUUGGAGAUUCAAACAGGCUUAGUUUCUUCUAUGAAGACUGGUCGUUUUUAUUGGACGAGGAGCGUUCUAGCAUGAUUCCCACCAUGGCUGCCGGCUUAAAUUCAAUCCUUUUUGCAAUCAACAUUGAUAACAAAGAUUUAAAUGGACAAGCUAAAUGCACUCCUACAGUAUCAGAUCUUCUUAAAGAAUCCACUCAAAAUGUCACAUCUCUGCUGAAAGAGUCAACUCAAGGUGUUAGCAGCCUUCUUCGGGAAAUAACUGCAUCGUCUGCUGUCUCCAUUCUCAUCAAACCAGAGCAGGAUUCAGACCCUCUUCCAGUGCUUUCCAAGAGUGUUAUAUCAGAUGGUAAAAUAAAAAAAGAUCGUAAAAAGAAGAAGAAAGUGUCAAAGAUCAUCUCAUUUGAUGAUGAUGAUGAUGAUGGAGAAAAUUUGGGUUAUGCUUCAAAUAAGCCUUUGAGUAGCAUGGAGAGUUCAGAGGAAAACUCUGACAGAUCCAUUGCAGCAUUACCUCACUUUGAAGAUCAAUUUGAAUUGAACUUGCAUACGAAUGAAAGCCCUCUUGCCUCCUGGAAAAGCGAGUCUCCCUGUGUUAAUGGAAAUUUUGCCUAUCAAAAGAUAGAUGUGAAAAGCAUUGAUGAUGAAGACUUAGAUGACUGCGACUCAUAUGAACCAGAAAUUGCCAACAAAGGCGCAAAAGCUGAGAACUCUUCUUCUGAUAUGGUUUCUAUAGGAAGUAUGGAUAAUCCUCAAGUCUCUUGCUGGGCCCCACUGCAGGUUCUUCAUGAUUCUGAUGUUUUAUUUCCAGUCAACACCAAUGAUUCCUGCUCUCAUUCUGAUGACAAUUUGGAUAACCCGCCUUACAGAGAGGAAAAUGAGAAUGCCACCAUUGCUGUAGAACUCGCUCAGAGAGGAUUGGAUAUUCAGCUCAGUAUGGAAGCCAGCCCUCCUGUCCCUGCCAAUGCACUGAACAAUGACCUGCCUUCAGUGUCUGGUCCAGAAUCAAUGACCAUUAAUGAACUUCGGCAAGUUGUCGUACUUAUGAUGAAUAGAAAGGAUGAGCUGGAAGAGCAGAAUACAUCACUGAGAAACCUGCUUGAUGCAGAAAUGGAACAUUCUUCAGCACUCCGACUGGAAAUUGACAACCUGAAGAGAAAAGUGUCGGAGCAGGAGGAGAGGCAUACAGCGAAGAUCCAGGCAUUGGCAAGAGAAAAUGAGGUAUUGAAAGUCCAGUUGAAGAAGUAUGUUGGUGCUGUUCAGAUGCUGAAAAGGGAAGGCCAUGCUGAAGUUCCAACCCUAAGGAAUAUUGAUGGGGAAAACCUACCAGAAGUAAAGUCUGUGGUAGACAAUGAAGAACUUGCAAACUCUUAUGAACGAAAGCUCAUUGAGGUGGCUGAAAUGCACGGAGAGCUCAUAGAAUUUAAUGAGAGGCUUCAUCGAACACUAAUGGCAAAAGAAGUGCUUGUGUCACAAAUGAGACAAGAAUUGAUUGAUCUAAGAGGACCUGUCCCUGGAGACUUGAGUCAGACGUCUGAAGACCAGAGUUUGUCAGAUUUUGAAACAUCGCACCGUGCCCUUAUAAAUGUAUGGAUACCCUCAGUUUUUCUCCGGGGUAAAUCUGCCAAUGCCUUUCAUGUUUAUCAGGUAUAUAUAAGGAUUAAGGAUGAUGAAUGGAAUGUUUACCGGAGAUACGCCGAAUUUCGGAGUUUACACCACAAAUUGCAAAGCAAGUAUCCGCAAGUCAGAACGUUUCAUUUUCCACCGAAAAAAGCUAUCGGGAACAAGGAUGCAAAGUUUGUAGAGGAACGACGGAAGCAAUUGCAGAAUUAUUUAAGAAAUGUAAUGAACAAAAUCAUUCAAACUGUGCCAGAGUUUGUUGCCAAACCUAACAAAGAAGGAUUGACGCACCUUAUGCCAUUUUUUAGUGACAUACAGGGCGGUGCAGAACAAACCAGCAAAGGCAGUCGAUCAAAAGUGGCUUCACGUUUUCCAAAAUUAUCACGCAGUCACCAAAGAGAGUCCCGGAAUCUGGAGCCUCAGAGUGGAGACCUUUGACCUCUGCGUUUCUCCAACCCAGUAAUUGCAUCAGUUGGGGGAUGAGAAGAACCAUGUUGAAUAUAAUGAUGCCAAGGGAACAUCAGCUCUAAAACAAAAUAUGGGUAUUAUAUUUAUAAAAUCAACACCCCCUUUUUUAUGAAAUAUCUUGGUUUGCCCUUGAAAUGUAUAUAAUCAUGAGCAACCAGUGCUAAAAUAUAAUGAGCAGGCCAGUGCUAAAAUAUGAGACUUUUUUUUUUUUGAAAGAGCCUGUUGUAAAAAAUAUAGAAUAGUAUAACAUGCAGAUGGAGCAGACUUUACGCUGCAUUUAUUGUACUAUUAGCAUUGCCACAUAUGGAAAAGUCAAACUGGCAAUGCCAAACUGUUAGUUUUGCACCUAUACAGUAACUUAUAGCAGCUUCUGCCAGAUUCCUGCAGGCUGACAUGCUAAACAUGCACAUUGACUUUAUUUGAAUGAAAACUAUAAUUUAUUUAAAAUGCAAAGCAUAAUUAUUUUGAAACAUGCAUUAAGGCAGCCAGGUUUGCUAUAUUCAUGAUUAUAUCAGCUUGCUUAAGUUUUGCAUAUGAGUUUACUAAUUGGGAUGCACAACUGGAUUUAGAGAACUUAAAACCUUAUGUGACAAAGGGAGGUGGGGACCCCAAAGUACAAGACUAGGGAGGGAGACCAUUCAGCAUUGUAAUGCUUUAAAUUAGUAGUCAGUGUGGUCAAAGAAAACUAGACAUAAAAAAGGAAACUUGACCAUAAAUGGUCUUUGUAUUGGUCAAAUGAUUUAAAUAGUUUUAGGGGCAGAUUUACCUAGAGUCGAAUAUCGAGGGUUAAUUAACCCUCGAUAUUCGACCGUCGAAGUAAAAUCCUUGGACUUUGAAUAUC